AUGUUUCGUAUCCUUCUCGACCGUGUGGGCCUCCUACGCCGACUCGACACUUCCGGCGCUGGUGACCCCGCCGUACCUCCCGAGCCAGGCAUCCGCGACGUCCUGGAGGUAGUCUCCGGUCUUCGGAAUGAAGUACAAGAGCUAAGGCAGGCCGUAUAUGUUCCUUCAGAUGGCAUCCGUGUUCCUUCGAAUCAGAACCUCGCAUCAAUCCCCUAUACCCGUGCACAAGCACCAACUUCCAUUCCUUCAUUCACAACACCACACUCUUUACUCUCUUUCAUUCCUUCUCAGCAUGGAGUCACCGUCUCGAGCACAUCUCGCGGGUUCGCCAUACCAUCCCCUUCCCUCGAACGUCUCCAGCCUGAAAACGUCGCCGCAAAUCCACCCGAGUCAAUGACAGAGCUGCAGUAUCUUCGGAUGCGAAUCGAGCAGCUUGAGCGACAACAAAAUCCGGGAACGAUGGCUCCGCUCCAACCCACGCCUCUUCCACCUUCAUUUCCGACUGCUUCUUCACCUCUCUACCAUAUUCCUGCGCCUAUAACCCCUCAAAACAUGAGCCUCUCUCUCAAGAAUCCCCCAGCGCAUCUACCUCACGUUGAUAUAGAGCCUAAGGAUCUUCUGUCCGACGAACUCGACGUCCCACGACAAUUCCAGCGUAGGACAAUUCGUGCCAGCGAUGCGUUUCCACAAUGGAAGCUGACAAAGCUGGUAUGGCGUUCUACCGGGAAGAAAAUGCACAACGAUCUCAUGAAGGAAGGCCGAAAGUGCUUAGGCGUCCUCAUCUGCAAUGGCUGUGGGCAUCUCAAACGACCAAAGACUCAGAUAUCUACUCGCGACUCGACGCAGCAUGCGAUCGUCUGCGAUCAGUCACGGUGCUCCUCCAAGAUGUACACUCACCGUAGAUGUGGAAUCAAGACUUGGCACUGGGACUUCGAACGUAACGGAGAGUUAUGGUUUGCUUGGGAGCAUAGCGACCAGGCUCAUGAUCAUCCGUGUCCUCCAGGCGGAUCUGCGCUUUCGCUGGCGGAGCAGACGGCCUUGGAUCAACAGGUUGCCUUAUACCCAGAUUCUACACCAUACCAGCUUAAGGUCGGCCGUCCGGGAUCUCACUCCGUCCCUCUCCACCAGAUUUCCCCCACUCUUUCAAACGGCCGCUUCCUUCGCGCUCAGGUUUCCAAGUCUAAAUCCCGCUUAGGCAUAGAGUCGCACUCAGGGGCUAAGAGUGCAGCUAGUAUCUUCGCAUCGUUCGCAAAGCUUCAGAAUACCCACGGUGCAUUCAUCACCGACUCCAGUCUCCACCAUCCUCAGUUCAUCACACUCCAAACACCAUUCAUGAAAGCUUGUCUCGUUGAUGCCGUCCAAUCUUGGCCUCGAGACGCCGACGAUCUCGAUCCUGCUUCCAGCUCCGUCGACCAAGAUAUCAAUGUUUCCAUGGGACGACUUGGGAGUGUUACCGACGUCGAUAACUCGUAUUUCAGCGAAGGUUAUCUCAUCGUUACAUGCGUCUUCUGCGCUCCUAUACGCGCAUGGGUUCCGGUUCAGUAUACUUGGAUGGGCUCACUCGAUGCACAGCACCACCGCCCUCACUUCCGUACUCUCUUCGCGCAAAUCCGUCAAGCGGCAGGUCCCCAGUGGAAUCGUCGUGUACUUGCCCAGGUCAUGGACUUCUCAGCCGCUCAACGCAAAGCAUUCGUCGACGAGUAUACAGAUCUAUGCAUGUCUUUAAUUACGGGUCUCGAUCGUAUGUCUGAGGAGACUCAGACGGAAGCUAGGCAGAAUAUAGGCAGAGAGGCGGAGGAGUUUGCCGUUGGCUGCAAGAUUCACUGGCAGCGCUCUAUCAUACGUCUCACCAGAAACGGCGCUCUCGUCCCACGUUCUCUCGUCUCUUCCUUCGAGCACUUAACACGCGUCCUGAGCUCUGACGAUACAAGCCUGGAAGCAUUCGAUCAAGCUGUCAUAGAGUUGCGCGAGGGAUUCCCUGCAGUGGCUCGUUGGCUAGAUUGGUGGUUACAACCUUGGGUCGCCUCGAUGAUUUUCCCCGCAAAGUCGUCCGUCGACCCGUCGCUCAGGGAUCAUAUUCCACGAACAUCAAAUCCUGUCGAGGCGAAACACUCGGUUCUUCAUCGCGCAUCUGGGACCGACAAGGCACUUAUUCCUGGUCUGGAGGGUAUCUUUCUCUAUGUUAACGAGAUUGAGGCCUUGUAUAAUGCGGUUCUAGCGGGGCACUGUCCGCCACAGACUAUACAACCCAGUUCGCGCAAGCGCACCCGAUCAUGGAACCCGAAUGAUGGGAGGGCUCCUGAUACCGAAGAUCUCCUAGCAGCAGCUGCAACAAAGAAAGGUUCAAAAUCGGACAAGUCGAAAUCUUCAAAUGUCAAGCAACCAUCAGCAAAGCGCGCCCGUAGCACAGUUACCAAACCAGCCUCUACUCCAGCACAAUCGAACACCGCUGACCUCUCUCAACGCGUCCUUCAAGGGUACCGCUGGCGGUCUCCAAACUCCUGCUUCUGGGAUUCCCCUCUCGAGUUACUGUAUCGCUGCUUCGCCGGUCUUUCGCCUGCCAUACGCCGUGAACUCCUCGAGGCUACUCUCCCUUCUCUCGCAAACGGGACGAAACGUCGUGGUCGAAAACCUAAACGUUCCGUUCUCCAAGAUCUAGUAUCACAUUUCGAUGAGCGUAACAAGUGGGUCGUCGGGUCAGAGAAGGCUUAUCGGUCGGAGGAGAGUGGAAUAAAUAUGCUCAGCAAUAUGCAAGCAGUUUUCAAGGAGCUGGUAGAGAAUACUUGGGAGAUCGGGGAGCCCAGCGAUCCAGGAGAUCCCAAAUCUGCUCGGUAUGGAACUUCGGAGAGCGUGAUAGGGAAGAUAUUUUCGGACGAAUCUGUCAACAAGGCAGCAAUGCCACACUUCGGCAUCCAGCACAAUCUCAUUUACGUCUGUACAUGUGGUCAUACACUGGACGUCUCUGCUUCUCCUCCAGAAGACCUGUUCGAUCACUUUAUUCCUCGACGAAAAUUCGGCUCAUCCUACGCAACCACUCUUUUGCAUACUCUCGAGACCACACCAUGUACUAAACGGCGAUGUUCCCAUAUUAUGCAGCUUCAGUCCAUACGUACAUCUUGGCCGGCGAUUUUGCAGAUCGCCCCUGGUACGAACGCUCAGCCUUCCCGGCCUCUUCCAAGACAUUCUAUGCGUCUUAAAAUCACCCAUUCCGAUGCCCCUCCCGUCGAAUACGAGUUAUUGGGCUGCAUACGCUAUCACGGAGCAACGCCCACGGAUGGAACAGCUCCUCGUCAUUACACCGCGCAUGUUUUGCAUCAAGGCAGAGUAUACUCUUACGAUGGUAUGCGGAAUUCUGGGAGGUUGGAAGAAGUAGGAUCCAGCUCUGUAUUUCGAGAGCAUGAUCCGCUAGCGUAUACAUGGAUGUAUGUUAGAACCUCCGACAUUGGUACUUCGACUCAGGGCAUUGAUCAAAUUCUCCGUCACUAUAUUGCCCAUGUACCCGCUCCGACAUACGAUCAAGCACGCCCUGAAGACCGCUUCGAUUUUUCCGGACCAGACGGCAUCCCAUCCCCUAAAUCCAUUGCAGCUAACACCGCCCUCGUCACCCAAUCCGAUAGCCUACCGACACCGGAGGACAAGGGAUCCAAGAACAACGAGGAUGAUGUCGACAUCUUCAUGCUAGCCGCGAUAGAAGCAUCGGUGAAGAAAGCGCAAGGUCUGGACGGAUCAGAUUCAUCGUCGAACCGUAGUAUGUCGCCAUGGCCAAUCUUCUGCAGUGGUUGCGGCGAUGAGGAGGAUGGAAACGUUGUAGGAGAGGACCGGGAUACGCUGCAAUGCUCUAUGUGCAAGAGGUACUCGCACACGGACUGUAUUCGCCAACACUUCGAAGACGAUUUGCCCGAAGAUGCUGAGCAAAUCAACAGCGAUGAAUUCAAAUGGCGUUGUCCAGUCUGUCGUGGUCAGCCAAUCUGGGACGAAUCAUAUGUUGGUUCGAUUGUUUUCUUGCAUUGCAACGACUCAAUCGAUAUGCUGUAUCCGGCUCGCAUACUCUCUGCUAAGAAAGGAUUUGCGUCACUGGAAUGGCUGUUCGAGUUUGUAAACUGGCCCAAAUCGAAUGGCCUUCAACCCUCCCGCUCCUUUCAACGUACUAUACAGGAGUGUGUCGCUUCGAGGACAAAGGUUAAGGUAGAAUCGAGGUGGCUGAAGUUUCCUCAUAUUAUUUUGCCGCUUUGUUUCGCUGAAGAUGCCGUCGAAAGGAAGUACCAGAAUCAUACCAUAGCAGAGGCUCUGGAUAAUGCCGCUCUGGCGGUCAUCGAUUCGACGAUCUUCAGUGAAACUCAUCCUAUCAUGGACCUAUGGCUCAAUGAUAACUGGCGUCGGGAUGCGAUGGGCGACCCUUUAACACAGAGUCACAUCACGUCCCACAAGUUCCUCAACACGUAUCGUGGCGUCCCUGUUCUUCCGGGAGAUCUCUCCAUCAUGCAAGACACUCUCAUAGCCAUGGAGACCUAUGUCCGUCAUUUCAUCACUCGAAACAAGAAGACGACCCUUGAUGUUGAUGUGGCAACACAUCGACUCCACGGCCCUGCUCAGCUCCUGCUUCAGCUCGUCAUCGUUCGAACCUACCUACGCCGUCAGCCCGAAGAUGACGAUCACAUCUACGCUCUAUGGAUGGAAGGUCGUCUUUUCCGAUCUUGGAUACUCGCAGAGGUCGUUGUCGCAGCAUCGCAGGGUCAGUCCGAGGCUGAGUUGAAUCAGUCUGGGCGCAUCGGAUGGACUCACACCAAGGCCGACCGUUUAUUCACUUUUGCCGGAGACCUUCACCCAUCUGUUCGCCCUGUCCAUGUCCGUACGGACAAUGGUUCUCCUUAUAUAUGGCCUGCCGGUAAUGGUGCAGGACUUACCGGGGCAUCUCUUAGCGUUAGGCUAGUGGAUCUUGCGCCUACUGGACCCCCACCGAAGCCUCGUCCAAUCAAGAAAUCGAAAGCACACUCCGUUCACUUCGAAAAGCAAAGCUCACCCGACUUGGAGGGAUCACAUGUGAUGAUGAUGUCGGAGAAGCAUGGAAAGCAGGAUAUGGUCGAAGGAAAUAGUUUGAGGCGGUCAAAACGUGGGAAGCAUGUUGGUACGGACGUUCAAAGCUUAGCGUAA